AUGCGGGACAAGAUGCGGUCCCUCGAUACCAACAUCAAGGCCGACUUCAUCCAGAAAGACAGAACCGAGAACGGAACGCCUCACAGCGCAGGUACGGCCGAUAGCCGUCGGGGUCGCGGUAACGAGACAAAAGAUUCUCAAGACCGCAGAGGUUCUCGCUCUCGCUCCAGAAGCCGUGGCUUUGCCUUUGGUCGCGGACCCUCAUCCCCUGGGAAGAAAGCUCGGCCUGAGAGUGGAAGUAGCUUCCAUCGUCCCCGAUCGGUUGACCUUUCUCAGCCCGUUGGCGUCUACACCACUCUCUCGGCAGCUGGAUCAACGGCCUCUCUCACUGAUGCCGCGGCGGUAGACACUGCUGCGGAUCCAUCUGACUUUGUCCAUUAUCUGCGAGAAAUCCAGAAGCCAGAGAUGAUUGAGGUAGGCAAGAUUCACAAGCUCCGUCUUUUGCUCCGAAAUGAGACUGUCGCUUGGGUCAAUGGCUUCAUCAUGGAGGGAGGCAUGGAUGAGAUUGUGCAGUUGGUAUACCGCAUCAUGAAGAUGGAGUGGCGUGAGGAUCACGAGGAUACCCUUCUCCACGAAGCAUUGCUCUGCCUGAAGGCGCUCUGCACUACCUCUAUUGCACUGGCACAUCUCACCAGAAUUGAGGCCGAACUCUUCCCCGCUCUUUUAAAGAUGCUGUUUGGCGAGGACAAAAAGGGACCGAGCGAGUUUACGACUCGAGGCAUCAUCAUCAACCUCUUGUUCACUCAACUCUCGGCCCUUGCCCCAGGCGAAGCCCCCGGAACGCGUGCCAAGCGCAUCCUCUCCUACCUGCGCGACCCAUCUCCAGAAGACGAAAGUCAACCCGUUGCCUUCAUUGCGAAUAUAUACCAGUCACGGCCAUACCGUGUCUGGUGCAAGGAGGUCACAAAUGUGACCAAAGAAGUCUUCUGGAUCUUCCUGCACCACUUGAAUGUCAUCCCCCUCCCCAAGGGAGGUUCCCAAAUGGAAGACCCCUUCACAGAGAAGAACACCUCGGGAGAGACUACGCCGUACUACCAACGUCACUUCCCGUCCGCUCGCCCCCCUGUUCCCGCCGCUCCAUACGUCGGAGGCGUAGAAUGGGAUGCGACAAACUACCUUGCCGCGCAUCUGGACCUGCUGAAUGGCAUGAUAGCCUCCCUACCCACAGUUGACGAGCGCAACCAGCUCCGCGACGAGCUGCGAGCCUCUGGCUUCGAGAAGGUGAUGGGCGGCAGCCUGCGCACCUGCAAAGAGAAGUUCUACUCAGCCGUGCACGAAUGUCUUCGCACCUGGGUCGCUGCCGCAGCUGCAGAUGGCUGGCCCUACAUUGCCGUUCGUGAGGGUCCUCCUCGUGGCGGUGAUCCUGGCUCUCCUACCAAGUCCCCCAAGAAAGCCCCCGGCAGUCCCAAGAAGGGUGCGCUGGAGGAAAAGCCUCCUAAGCUGGAGCUUGCACUCGACUUUCCCAUGAGUCGACCACCUGCCGGUCCUGAAACUCCUUCGAGUGAUUUGCGCAGCUGGCUUUGA